AUGGCCAUCUCACCACCGGCAGAAUGGGAAUCCAUUGCUGCUGCCAAACGGGCAGCCUUGAUGAAGAGCAUUCCUCCUGAGUGGUUGGUCCCAGCAGAAGUGUUGCCAUCGAAAAGCCAGCUAGAUGUUACUUCGUUUCCCGAAUCGUCCGGAUGGUUCACUCCCGAAGAGCUGAAAAUAACUUCAAGCACGUCAGAAGAGAUCCUCGAGCGUAUUAGGGACAAGACCUGGAGUGCAAAGGCCGUUACAUCGGCAUUUUGCAAGAGAGCAGCAGCAGCACACCAAUUGACGAACUGUCUAAGUGAAACCAUGUUUCCCGAGGCGUUGGCAGCCGCAGAGGCCCUGGACGAAGCAUUUAGCCGGACUGGAGCUGUUGUUGGUCCUCUCCAUGGCCUGCCAAUCUCGAUCAAGGACAACUUCAAUGUCGUUGGCAAGGACUCGACGGUUGGGUUUGUGUCGUGGUGCAACAAGCCACACAAGCAAAACAGUGUCCUGGUCGAUUUACUCAAGUCUCUUGGUGCCGUCAUCUACGUCAAGACCAACGUGCCAACGGCAAUGAUGAUGGCCGAGACCGUCAACAACACUUUUGGAAGAACACUGAAUCCUCUUCGACUUACAACCACGCCCGGCGGAAGUUCCGGAGGCGAGUCUGCCCUCCUCGCAUUCCACGGCAGUCCUUUGGGCGUGGGAACAGAUAUUGGCGGUUCGUUGCGCAUUCCAGCAUCGUGCACCGGUAUUUUCACUCUACGGCCAUCGCUUGGCCGGUUCCCAACCGCGGGAUGUACCUCGGGCCUUGCUGGACAAGAAUCAGUCAACAGCGUCAACGGACCCAUGGGACCGACGCUGUCGGAUUUGAAAUUGUUCGCCAAGUCGGUCGUUGACUCGAAGCCCUGGUUGAAAGACCCCAAAGCGCUUCCGAUCCCCUGGCGGGACGUGCAGCUGCCGAAAAAGUUGAAGUUUGGUGUCAUUUGGAACGAUCGCCAAGUGACCCCUACGCCACCUGUCCAGAGAGCCCUAAAGACGACCGUGGAGAAGCUUCGAAAAGCCGGACACGAAGUCGUCGACUGGGAUUCCUCGAGCCAUCCGCAGGCUCUGAACAUUCUGUCUCGCUUCUUUGUCGCUGAUGGCGGCAAAUCUUGCCGCAAGGCACUCGAGCCCGUUGGCGAGCCUUUCCAUCCUCAGAUGAAGGCAUACGAGGAGGCCACCGAGAUGGGCUGCUACGACCUGUGGCAGCUGCAUCUGGAACGCAACAAGCUGUGUCAGGAGUACAUUGACCGCUGGGCGGAAGCUGGCAUCGACGGCAUCCUCAGCCCAACCACUCCUUUCAGCACGGUGGAACAUGAAAAGUACAAACAUGUGGCGUAUACGGCCAUCUGGAACAUCCUCGACUAUUCCGCCGUCAACUUCCCGUCAGGCGUUGCAGUGGACAAGAACCAGGACACGGUGCCGGCCGAUUUCUCACCAUUGAGCGAGCUUGACAAAGAGAUAAACAGUGAAUACAACCCAGCAGCCGUUGAUGGCAUGCCGGUUGGGCUGCAAAUUAUUGGCAGAAGAUUGGAAGAAGAGAAGACGCUUGAGAUGACUGGUGCUAUCCUCGACGCUUUGAAAGCAUAG